GGAAAGGGGAGGGGGGGGAGAGGGAGGAGCAGCAGCAGCGCUCCUGUUUGUGGCUUAUCGAAGGAAACUUGUCUGACGUUCUCGCAGCGCCUUUCUCCCCACAAAGCUGCUCUCGGUGUAUUUUUCGCCCUGUUUUGAAGCAAAUAGGAAAUGAGUCCUGAUGGUGCUCGAAUCGGAGCUAUUUUUAUCCGGGGGUUUAAAGUUACACACAUGUCAGACUCCGCCAAUUGCGAUCGAUGCUUAAUCGCACCGGGAGGAGGGUCGGGAAUUCCAGCUGUUCAGCGAGGGGGGAAAACCUUUCUUAGGGAUACCCUGGAAAGAGGGGCCGAGGCCCGACCCGAUCGGCUGCUGCUCUGUUUCCUUUUCCCCUCCCCCCCUCUUUUCCUUUUUUCUUUUUUCUUUUUUUUUCCCCCUUUUUGUUCGGUUCCUUGCCGGCCUCUCCAGCGAUCGCAGCAUUUUGGAGGACAAAGAGCAGGUUUUUCCCUGCGAAGUGGCUUUGCUGUGUGUUUCUAGGAGCUGGGUAGGUAGAAAGCCCCGAAUAUCCGGGAUUCCUCUCGGUGCCGGGCAGUUUCUGCCCUGCUCUUUCUGCCCCCUGACAAAAGGAACCCCAGUGGCUUUUCCAAAAGCAAAGCUCUCGUUGUCGGCUCUGCUUUCCUUGUUUUCCGAGGGGUGAGGGUUAGAGCAGUCGGUCUCCUGCGGACAACAAACUUAGGAAGUUGGAUGUGUCAGAUGACUCCUCAGCACUCCUCCCUCCCUCCCUCGCUCGCUCCCUCCCUCCCUCCCUCCCCGGCCUUUUUUGUUUGUCUGCCUGGCUCGCCCGGGGUGAGCCGCUCGCUAGGCCCCGAGAGCUUCCCUGGGGAAUCUCCCCCUCUGGAAGCUGCUCUGGAAUCAGGCUCUGCUUUGGGACACGGCAGCCGGGAGGGUCUCGGUGCUGCCCAGGGGAGGGACUGAAGGAAUGUGCUUGAGGGCAUCUCCUCCUCCUGGGCCUUUCAGGGUUUUGUCGCUGUGGAGGGUUUUUGUUUGGGGUUUUUUUUACCCCUCCUUUUUGCUGCCAUUUUCAUUACAGUUUCCCUUUUCAUCCCCUUCAUCCAACGGAGAAUAAUAGUAUGGAUUUAUGGCCUGCCAAGGGCUACCUUUCCCAGGAGGGAGGGGGCACGAGCAGGGUGAAUAACACUCCUGCCUUCUCCUGCUCUGACAGGUUUAGGAGCCGAGCGAGGUCUUUUUAUGGCUCCUAUUUUCAAUCCUACCACGUCCGUGUCCUUUUGUGGAUGCCUCUUUGUGAGGAGGGGAGGGGAGAGGUGCCUGCUCUCUCUCGGAGGGGCUGCAGGAAGGGCAGAGCUCUGCGGGGAUGUGUACAGCCGAUGUUUAAUCAUCUCCGGGCCAGGAUGUGCUCCAACUCCCCGGCACUCAUUGUCUCCCUCCAGGCCGGGUUUGUGCUGCUGGGGCUGGGAAAAGAGAGCCACGAUCCCUCCUCCCCUUUUUGGGGGGCUCCCGGCAGAGUUUCCGGGGUGACCUGUGACCCUUCAGAGCAGGCUUUUGUAGGAAGGCUCUGUGCUCCCCAAAACACCUCAGCAGCGGCCUGGAAGUGUAGAUUCUCCCACUGGGAAGCCCUGGGCCUUCAGGCCAGGCCUCUCUGGGCAGCUCCCACCCUGGGGAUGGCAGAACAGGGGCUCCCCUUUGUGGUUCCCCCCGGCUUUGGGGCGAGUGCCAGCCCCGGAGCUCUGUUUGCAGGGAAAAGGCCUCGAGCUCUCGCAACUCCGCGGAUUGGCUGCUCUGUUACUACCCGGAAACCGGGCCCGGGGCGGAGCGAGGCUGCAGCUGAUCCAGGGGUGCCCCUGCCGGGCUGUUUACACCCAUGGGGGACCCAGCCCGGCACCCCCGUACCCCCGGAGCCCGGGGCCGUUUCCCGUUCCAGCCCCGGGGUUCAUUGUUGCGCUGCGCCCGCAGCUUCCCCUUGGCCGCGAGUUUAUUUAGUGCUGAUUUAUUUUCCUCCUUUUGUGGAGAAACGCUGCUGGCUGCCUCGUAGUCCCCAAGCUCUAUUUUUAAGCGUCAGAGCUGGAAAAGGGAAGUGUCACCCUGUUUUGUGCCUGAAAGGAAUUAUAAAUAGUGGGCAGCUUUGUUUGAGCCUCCCUGCGCUGCCCGCUUUGCAGAGCCGGGGCUUUGGGAGCGUGGCUCACGGAGCCUCGCGCUCCCUGCUAAUUUUAGGCUCGUCCUGAGUCAAGGAGAAUAAAGGUACAAAGCUCCUUAGUUUACCUGCAGAGCGUUUUGUAAUCUCCACACUCCCCCGGCCGUGUUUGCUCCGUGGAGGCAAAGGGUAGGACGGAGUUUACAUUUGGGAUAAAUUCCUUUUUCUGCUCAUUAUAGGCUUACAUGGCACUUCUCAUCCCACUUGAACACCUUCCAAGAGCGGCGUUGAGCAAUCGCGGGGUCACGUGGCCUGUCUUUGGCCUGUCCCCAGGGAAGAGCCUGUGCACUGGAAUGUCUUGUUUUGCAGAACAGAGCCCUGGUGACUGAAGGAUCACCCAACCUUGGCAUCUCUGCUGUGCAGCCCCCGUGGGUCCCUCCCAGCAGGAGCCUCUGAUGAGGGUUGGGGUUUGGCUGCUCACAGUGACCCCAAGAUGUGUCACAGAGUCUCUUUUCCCAGCCUGGUGCUUGAAGAAGGAGUCAGGGCUCUUCAGUUCUUGGUCUCAAGGCUGUGUCAGUGUUGAAUUGAGGGAAGCAGUGGAAAUAAGGAAGCUGAAUGAUCAGUGCUUUGUUUAACAUCGUUGGUAAUUUAAUCCUCCUGGCCCAGGGCAGGAAUCCUUGCCUGGAUAUUGGAGAAAGCUCAGAUCCCAGCAGCAGAAUGUGCUUUGAGAAGGGGGCACUCGGGGCUGGGUUGAAAAGCUGGGAUGUCAGAAAUCAGAUGCCGGUAAGUGAGAGCCAGAGCCUGUGUUCCUUGAAAGGGAAGGUAUGUGAGGAGGUGUGAACUCACCCUGUCCCACUGGAGCUGCUCCACGCUUUUUUCAGCUCCUGUGCCUCCUGGGAAGCCCCAGGGUCUGGGGUUUAAACACUUUUUGUCAUGCUCACAGCUGCUGAGAAGGCUGCAGGUUACUCGGAAUCCACUGGUUUUUACUCCAUGGUUUCUGCCGUGGUUUGUUUGGUGUUGCCAUGAAAAGGUAAUUUUAAUUCUCUUUUAAAUGCUUGCCCAGUUUGGAGCAAAAAUUGCCCAGAAAAUCACCACAUUCUGCAAACUGGGCAGGAGGCAGAACCAGUGUGGAGAAAACCCAAAACCAGCAGUGACAGGGUUGGGAAGUGCUUCAGACCCCCAGUUUGGCAGGACUGAAGAAAUAUUCCCACAUAAUUUUAGCAAAUUCACUGUUCAGCUGUGAGCCCUGCUUGGAGUAAAAUCGAAACUUGAGCCUUGCCAGAUGAAACAAAAGAUCCCCUAAAAUGAGCUGGUGAGCAAGAAUGUGCCCCUGAUGGGUCCCUUUGGUCC